UCAUAGGUGAUGAAACUUUCUCGACCCCUGCUCUAUUUAUUUCUGUAACUUUACGGUCUUAUGCACUCCCAGAUUUUGUUGUCAAGCACCAAUGGCCGAUACACAUGACAAUCUCCACAUAGCGAUGCUUCCCUGGCUGGCCUUUGGCCACAUGACGCCAUACAUGGAGCUAGCCAAGUUGAUGGCCGCAAAGGGUCACCGGAUAUCGUUCCUGUCGGCCCCGAGAAACAUAGAUCGCCUCCCAAAACCCCCUCCAGAACUCGCCCCACUCAUCAGCUUGGUGAAGCUCCCCUUACCGCCCGUCGAACACUUGCCGGAGGGUGCCGAAGCCACCAGCGACCUGCCUUACGACAAGAUCCAGUACCUCAAGAAGGCUUUCGACAUGCUCCAAGAACCCGUGGCCCGGUUCCUCGAGUCCUCGGAUCCCGAUUGGAUCAUGUACGAUUUCGCUCCGUAUUGGGCCGGACCAAUCGCUGCUAGGCUCGGCAUAGGGAGCGUCCUCUUCACUAUCAUGAUCGGUGCCGGCUUGGGCUUCGUUGGGCCAACAUGGGCUUCAAAGGGGGCAGACUACCGGAAAACCCCGGAAGACUUCACCAGGAGCCCCAAGUGGGUUCCGUUCCCGACAAAGGUCGCUUUCCGCCUCUUUGAGAUCAAGAGGAUUUUCGAUGUGGUCACGGGCAAUGCGUCAGGCGUCACAGACUUGUAUCGCAUGGGGGCAUGCCAAGAAUGUUGUGACGUGAUAGCACUUAGAAGCAGUUAUGAGGUCGAACCCGAAUGGCUGAGCCUCCUCAAGGAUAUCCACACCAAACCAGUUUUCCCCGUAGGGCAACUUGCCCCAGGCGAUCCUGAGGCGCGAGGCGAAACCGACACUUGGCGGUCGAUCAAGGAAUGGCUCGAUGCACAGAAGAAAGGUAGCGUAGUGUAUGUGGCAUUUGGGAGCGAGUCCAAACCGAGCCAAACCGAACUGACCGAAAUUGCCCAAGGGCUGGAGCUUUCGGGGCUACCAUUCUUCUGGGUACUCAAGACUCGCCUCGGCUCGGCCGACACAGAGUCAAUCAUGUUGCCGGACGGUUUUGAAGAGCGAGUCAAAGGGCGCGGCGUGGUUUGGGACAGCUGGGUGCCUCAACUGAAGAUACUCGCGCACGACUCGGUAGGCGGGUUCUUGACUCAUGGCGGGUGGAACUCAGCGGUGGAGGCGCUAAGCUUCGGGAGAGCCCUGAUACUUUUCACAUUCGUGGCAGAUCAAGGACUGAACGCAAGGAUCUUGGAGGAGAGACAAAUCGGGUAUCCGAUACCAAGAAACGAGUCCGACGGGUCGGUCACGAGGCAGUCCGUGGCCGAGUCGCUGAGGCUGGUGAUGGUGGAAGAGGAAGGUAGGGUUUACCGAGAGAAAUCCAAGGGGAUGAGGCCUAUUGUUGGGGACCAAGGCAUCCAAGAACGUUACACCAACGACCUUCUGAACUAUUUGAAGGAACAUAGGCCUGUGAAACACCUAAAAUCGAAGGGGACUACAAUCUAAGGCAAGAAGUUAUGACGUGGCUUAAGUGUUGUUAGGCAUGUCUAGUUCUUCUGCUAAGUUAUUCGGUGUGUGGCAAGACAAAGGUGGUUUGCUUUGGACGUGAAA